AUGUCUCGAAGAUACGAUGCCCGCACAACCAUCUUCUCGCCAGAAGGUCGUUUGUACCAGGUAGAAUACGCCAUGGAGGCGAUCUCGCACGCCAGUACAGCACUCGGAAUCUUGGCCAAGGACGGUCUUGUCAUUGCUGCCGAGAAGAAGGUUGCCUCCAAGUUGCUUGACCAGACUACAGGAGGCGAGAAGAUCUAUAUCAUCAACGACAACAUGAUCUGCGGAGUUGCCGGUUUUACUUCGGACGCCAACAUCUUGAUCAACUACGUACAGACUGCCGCACAACAGUACCUUUAUACCUACAACGAAGACAUGCCCUGCGAACAGCUCGUGCAGAAGCUUUGUGACCUCAAGCAAGGAUACACUCAAUACGGAGGUCUGCGUCCUUUCGGAGUGUCGUUCAUUUAUGGAGGAUGGGAUGAGCACCACGGGUUCCAAUUGUACCACUCGGACCCCUCGGGCAACUAUGCAGGAUGGAAGGCAACAUGCAUUGGCGCCAACACGGCCAGUGCCCAAGGAAUCUUGAGACAGGAGUACAAGGAGGAGGGUCUUACUCUCCAGGAGGCCAAGAACCUUGCCAUCAAGGUCCUCAGCAAGACGAUGGACACCACAUCAUUGGGCUCCGACAAGAUCGAGUUUGCAACGCUCGAGUUGGUUGAUGGAAAGGUGGUUCGCAGGAUCUUUGACCAGGCCGAGAUCGACGUAUUGUUGAAGGAGAACAACUUGUUGAACAAGACCGAGGAGGCCAAGUAA